AUGAAGGUGAAGAAGAGCGGCGGGACCGGGACCGGGGCCGGCGGGGCGGCGGCGGCUGCGGCACGGACCGAGGAGGAGCUGGGCCGCAAAGCGCUGAUCGGGCCCGACGAUGUGCUGGGGCUGCAGCGGGUCACCAGCGAUUAUUUGUGCACCCCAGAGGAAAAUGUUUACAAGAUAGACUUCACCAGGUUCAAAAUCCGGGAUAUGGAAUCUGGCACAGUCUUGUUUGAAAUCACCAAGCCAGCAGCUUCAGAACGUGAACACAAUGACAAGAAGGACAUUGACCCCAAUGCUGGACGGUUCGUACGCUAUCAGUUCACCCCAGCUUUUCUUAGACUCCGGCAGGUGGGAGCCACGGUGGAAUUCACUGUAGGGGACAAACCUAUUAAUAACUUCCGCAUGAUUGAGAGGCACUACUUCCGGGAUCAGUUGCUUAAGAGUUUUGAUUUUGAAUUUGGGUUCUGCAUCCCCAGCAGUAAAAAUACUUGUGAGCACAUCUAUGAAUUCCCACAGCUCUCUGAGGAUCUCAUUCGCGAGAUGAUCCUUCAUCCCUAUGAGACACAGUCGGACAGUUUUUACUUUGUAGACAACAAGCUCGUGAUGCACAACAAGGCAGAUUAUUCGUACAGUGGAGGACCUUGAGUAUGGGAUGGACAGGCAGCCUGUGCUGGCCUUCCCUUUCCUAACGACGCCGUCAGGGAUACCAACACCUUCUGCUCAGUUGCCCGCAGGGUCAGCUGAACAGUGAUCCACCAAGGACUCUUUGCCACAGUAGGAGUUUCAUGACUAAAUUUCCCAGUCUCAUCUUUUUUUUUUUUUUUUUUUUGAGCUUUGAAGCAGAUCCAGUUCUUCAGAACUUUAAGCGGUUCUACAAUGAUCUUUGGAUA